UCAUAGUUGUCUUCACAAUAUACGUAUACAGAGACUGGGCCGUGACAGCAAUGAGCAGCAAAUUGGUAAUGGUUCUGUUUGGCGCGUGCUUGCUCGUGCUACAUGCACCUUACGCUGCUGCUCAGGAGAUAGGUAUUCCCGAAUUCUCUUUUGGGCCAGUGGGUGGUGACGAUGGUGCUCAAGUGAUAGGUAUUCCCGACGAUGGUGACUUUGGAGGCGAGCUGCCUACUGGAAUCGGGCCAGUCGUCGAAACGAGCAGCGAGGGCAGCAAUUCUACAGAACAGUCGACAACCGAGACCGAAGCCGAGGCGGAGGCCUCUACCACCGAACAAGAAUCCCGUGUUGGCAAAGGCAACUCGAGGCACAUUGCAAACUCAAGGACUGCAUCUCACGCCAAAACCAGGACAGCUGCUAAAGCCAGGACAAUAGCCAAAGCCAGGACAAUAGCCAAAGCCACGACAGCUGCCAAGAAGGCAGGCAGAGCAGUGCACAAGGCGUGAUCACAACUUCAACCUGGAUUCUGCGUCACCAUGUUAUCAACUAAUAAAUGAUUAACUUGUGUUGUGUAUCCUGAUUUGGGCAGCUUAUUUCUCCAAGUGAUUUUGAAGUAAAAAUCUUGUUCAACGGAAGAAA